GUCAACACGGUGCUGGAAAAAAUCGGGAAUGAUCAAGCACAGCAGUAAGCCUAGAGAGAUGUUCCAACCCCCUCUCCUCCCUAAAGUGCUCUGGAACCUAUCGUUUGAAUUAGCCGAGUCAGGCGGGGAGGGGGCGGGGAGUCCUUCCGGCCUCCUUAGGAGGGGCUGCAUUGCAGGGGGAGACUGAGCUGACAGACUCAGUCACUGUAGAGGGAGAGGGAGUGAGAAGACAAAGCCGACAAAGCCCCAGCAAUUUCUUUUUCUGUGGUCCAGAGCAUACCCCGGAGCCCCCGAGGCAGUCCUUCCGUCUUUGGAACACGCUAGUCAUUAAUAACAGGAAGCUAUGAGGGACCCUGUGAGUAGCCAAUACAGCUCCUUUCUUUUCUGGAGGAUGCCCAUCCCAGAACUGGAUCUAUCAGAGCUAGAAGGCCUGGGUCUGUCAGAUACCUCCACCUACAAGAUCAAGGACAACAGCGUGGGGAAAAUGACCGGGCAAGCAACUGCAGCAGAGCAGGAGAAAAACCUGGAAGGUGAUGACCUUCUUGAGUACAGCACUUUCAACUUCUGGAGAGCUCCCAUUGCCAGCAUCCACUCCUUUGAAUUGGAUUUGCUCUAAGGCGAAGACUUCCCUCUCUCAUCACCUUACCCUUAUUGUCUUCCCUUUCAAACUCCUUCCUUUCUACCCUUUUCCACUUUAAUCUUGUUCUCUUUCUAUUGUGUUGGUGCUGAUGAAUCUGCCAGAGUUAGGUUGUAUUUAUUUAUUUAUUUAUUUGUCUACUCCAUAUUUCUCAAAAACCCUCAUGCCACAAGGGGUUCAAGCAAUGG